UAUUUACUUUCCACCACAUGCUUACCAGUCACUUUGGGAAGAGAAACUUGAAAGCACGGUUUUAAUUUUCUUUUAAACUAGAAGAAGAUUUGACCAGCCAUGGAUGGAGAUGUGUUGUCUUUGUCAUCGUGCUCAUCAUUUUCAUCCUCAGGAGCAGCAGGAAUGCAGAAAGAUACUUCUCAGAGUAGUAGUAGUCUCCCUCAGAACCAAAAGGAACAUGGAUUAACAGAGGAAGUAUGGACAGCAGAGGUGAGUCCUGUGUGUGACAGGCUGCUGUCCACAGAGGAGCAGGUUACUCUGAUCACAGAGAGUAUGACUGUCACCUCCACUGACCAGGAGAAACUGCUGCUGCUGAACAAGAACACUGAGCUCCGCAGAGUCAACAAAGAGCUGAUGAAGCUGAAUGAGGAAUGGGACCAGGUAUAUCGUAGUGCCACGCUGGGUCUGCAGCACCGGCUGGAGGCCUUGGAGCUGGAACAAGCCGCCAUCAAACAGCUCAACAGCAGAUUGCUGCUUAAAGCUGAUCACCAACAGAGUGCAAAAGAGUACUAUGAGCAGGCAUUGAUGCAGGAGCUAAAGAAGAACCAGGAGCUGCAGGAAUACAUCAGACUGCUAGAAAACCGAUUGCACCAUGCAGAUAAAGACUGCACAGCUGCCAAACAGGGGAGCUUCAGUGCUGUGGUACGAGGUCCUGUGUCAUGCUUGGACAGAAAUCCUCCUGGAGGUUCUGGUCAUUUUCCAGGAUACAACCCCUCAUCCUCUUGUUUCCCAGCUCCUUCCAGUCAGGAGCAGAAAAGGAAAAGUCAGAGCAGCAGCACCCAACCAGGAGCACUGGGAGACUCCCAUCAAGAAGUAAAGGAUCUGAAAGAACAGCUGGAGGCUCUUAGAUGUCAGACCCAGAUUUAUGAAGCAGAAUAUGAGACGGAGCACAACGACCACAAACACACUCAGCAAGAGAACCGCAGACUGAGGAAGAAGAGGGAGGAGACGCGACAACAGGUGGCACUACUGCAAGAGCAGCUGAAGGUGUAUGAGGAUGACUUCCGACGGGAGCGCUCUGACAAACAGAUGCUGCAGAGGCUGCUGUUAAAGAAAACGACUCCAAACAAGGACCCUGUGCUUAUUCACCGCUGCAACAACGACCAGCAUCCACUGGGGGGAGACAAGAGGACGGAAGGUGGAGAGAAGAGGAAACAACACCACCCUCUCUGCCCAAAGCACCCAAACAGGGACAAAGAGUCAGACUGAGGGUCCGAGGAAAUACAAUAAGGUCAAGAAUUAAAUAGAGUAAGGUUUAUAUUCAUGAUUAUCAAUGUUAUAAAGUGAGUGUCACUUCAUGUCCCCGAAACUUUAAAUACGUAUGUCACUAUCUCUCAUUUGGAGAAACUGAACAGCAUUGAUAUAAAUGCACUCCAGUAAACUUACACAACAAGUUAAA